UAAUAAAUGCGCAUGCGCACAACAGCUGACCCCUCCGGUUUCUGCGUGCAAUGCCACGUUAGUAGCGGUCCGCACAAAAUACCAGCUACUCUCCCAACGUCAAACAGGGACAAAGACCAAAAGCUAAGACCAAUUUCUCCGCUGAACCUUAGCCGACCGUGUCUGCAGCUCUCGUCUCUCUGUCCGUAAGAAUACUCGACGGUAACUAUGUUGAAGUUUUUCCUGUUCUGCACACUGGCUGUGGCCAGCAGGGCUGAGAUCGCUGAGGAAGAAGAUGUCCUGGUGCUGAAGAAAAGUAACAUCGACGAGGCUCUGAAAGCUCACCCGAACAUCUUGGUUGAAUUCUAUGCCCCAUGGUGCGGUCACUGCAAGGCCCUGGCUCCAGAGUACGCCAAGGCUGCCGGUAUGCUGAAGGCCGAGGGUUCAGGGAUCCGCCUGGGUAAGGUGGACGCCACAGAGGAGACCGAACUGGCCCAAGAGUAUGGCGUCCGCGGAUACCCCACCAUCAAGUUCUUCAAGGGUGGAGAGAAAGAGGCACCCAAAGAGUACUCUGCUGGCAGGCAGGCAGAAGACAUCGUCAGCUGGCUGAAGAAGCGCACAGGCCCAGCUGUUGCCACCCUGGCAGGAGUCACUGAGGCAGAGUCUCUGAUCGCUGACAACGAGGUGGCGGUCAUCGGAUUCUUUAAGGAUGCUGAGUCCGCUGGUGCCAAGGCCUACGAAAAAGCAGCUGAAGCAAUAGACGACAUUCCCUUCGCCAUGACCUCUGACGAUGCUGUUUACUCCAAGUUUGAGGUGUCCAAGGACAGUGUCGUCCUCUUCAAGAAGUUUGAUGAGGGACGCAAUACCUUUGAUGGAGAGCUGACCAAAGAAAAACUCCUGGCUUUUGUCAAGGCCAACCAGCUGCCCCUGGUCAUUGAGUUCACUGAGCAGACUGCCCCUAAAAUCUUCGGUGGAGAGAUCAAGUCCCACAUCCUCAUGUUUCUGCCCAAAACUGCCUCAGACUUCCAGGACAAAAUGGACCAGUUUAAGAAAGCUGCAGAAGGAUUCAAGGGUCAGAUCCUGUUCAUUUUCAUCGACAGCGACGUGGACGAUAACCAGCGCAUCCUGGAGUUCUUCGGCCUAAAGAAAGAGGAGUGUCCCGCCAUCCGCCUCAUCACCCUGGAGGACGAGAUGACCAAGUACAAGCCCAGUAGCGACGCCAUCACCGCAGAGAGCAUCACUGAAUUCUGCAAACAGUUCACUGAGGGCAAACUGAAGCCCCACCUCAUGAGCCAGGACAUCCCCGAGGACUGGGACAAAAACCCCGUCAAGGUUUUGGUCGGCAAGAACUUCGAGGAGGUCGCUUUCAAUCCCGCUAAGAACGUCUUUGUGGAAUUCUAUGCACCUUGGUGUGGACACUGCAAACAGCUGACUCCCAUCUGGGAAAAGCUGGGGGAGAAGUACAAGGAUAGCGGAGACAUCGUCAUCGCAAAGAUGGACUCCACAGCCAAUGAGAUCGAGGCAGUCAAAGUCCACAGCUUCCCCACUCUUAAAUUCUUCCCUGCAGGAGAUGAGCACCAGGUGAUUGAUUACAACGGGGAGAGAACACUGGAAGGCUUCACCAAGUUCCUGGAGAGUGGCGGAAAGGAUGGCGGUGCCCCUGCAGGGGACGAGGACGACGAUCUAGAUGCAGAGGAUUUGGACGAUGUUGAAGAUGGACAGGACGAUGACUCUGACAUUGAGGAUGGAGGUGAUGACGAUGGACAUGACGAGUUGUAAGAGCUGGCAGAGGAGAGAAAAGGAGAGAGGAGACAAGUCCCGCCCCAACCCUUCCAACCAGUCACCAUCACCACCUUCACUUCCUUGUGGACCUUCCCUGUCCUGUGAACAUUAAUACUUCCCCUUUAACUGCCUCUCAGUCAGUCAGCCGGCCUGCUAGCCGGCCCGCCAGUUAGUCAGUCAGUCAGUCAGUCAGUCAGUCCAUCAAUGGUGUGGCAGGGCCUUUUUGCCAGCCACAUCUCCAACCUCGCAACUUCUGGCCAGACUGGUCUUGUCCCACCUGGGGGGACUCUGUGGAACAGUGCACCACCUCUAUGGGAGACCUCAAUGCCUUCUCUACAAAGCUCCACAUCAGCUGUUUGCCUUGUAUAUUUUAAACCAAAUGUAAAAAUGGCAUUGAGAUCCAGUUUUCAAAAUGUUUGUUUUUUCCAGCUGAAUUUGCUCCCCUCCUCUUUAAAAAAAGCCUUGCCAUUGAUCAGUGUGGGUAUGAGCUAAAUGAGUGUUGUAACCUGUAUUUGUAGGUAAGGGGGGGCUGCCAAUGUUCUUCUCCCUCUUGUAGGAAUCCAGAGGACCAGGGUUUUGCGUGGCGGUUUUGUAAGGACUGAUCUCUCAGGGGACAAGGGGCCAUCCUAUAGAUGUGUUUUUAUUUUGCAAGUCUUCACUAAAAUAAACUCCACAGAGCUUGUCCAGUGUAGCACAAAAGGCCCCCCAACUGUAGCUGAGACCAAUUUCUUCCUUUCUUUCGGGUGGGGGGGAUAAAGAGUCUAUUUUCUUUCAUUUUCUUCAUUCCCAAACAAUUUCUCCUCUUUACAGCACGGCUACUGACUAUUUUCUAAAAGGAACAAAGGUUAACUUUUUUUUGGGAAGAUCCUCUAUUUUAUUUAAUUGCUUUCACUAUGAGUUUUUUUGUUUUGUUUUUCUUUUUAAUUUAGGACUUGUCAUUUUUAAUGAUGUACCAUUGUGCCCAGCUGUAGCCAGUUGGCCUUGUUGGGGCAGAGUUGGCCCUUGGAACACACUCUCAGACUCAGGACAGUUUUUGGAGCCAGUCCUGAUAGGUCGCACUGCAUUCAUGCCUAAUCAGAGAUUCAUUGUGGUUAUAAAGCAGACAGAGAUUUGGUACAUUUAAGAUAGGUCUGAGAGAAGUGUCUGUUCUAUCUGAAGCGGGGAGGGAACAGUUGCACAGCCCCACCCCUCACCCAUACUGUACCUCCAUCCCUCUUGGCUCUAACAAACACCCUUGUUGCCACAGCGGUGUGUGAGUGUGUGAGUGCAUUGUGUGCUGUGUGAAUGAUGUACAAAUUGCUGUGUGGUGAGUGGAAUGACUAGUUCAUAUUUUUGGUGGUCAGUGAACAGGAGAAUGAAUGUAUUGUGUGAUUGUUGUACUGGGUUUUUUUGGCAGGGAGGGGAGGCUUGAGUAGAGCAAGGUGAUGGGUUUGACAGCUGUACAGCGGUGGGGGAAACUUAACAAAGCAUUCCAUCAUAUCCAAAUUGAUGUGGAAAACGUGAAAUGGUGGCCAAUAAACAAAAAAACUAUAAAAACA